AAGUGUGCCUUUCAGAGCUACAAAUUCCAAAAUAGUAAACCGUAUAGAAAAAAAACCAGUUCAAGGAGUCCGUUAAAAGAUGCUAGGCGGCGGUGACCCUCAAUACAACUUUUCGGAUUCAGUAAACAAUCCGGUGAAAGGCGGCACCCUGAACGCGAGUGUGAACCAACCUUCACAGUUUAUUUCCUCGCCGCACCUUGGAUCCCAAAACUUUCCCAACACCACCCCUCCAUCCGGGCAAGAAACCCAUGUCGCCACGCAGGAAACGCGCAUGUACAAAGGGGUUCACCCCAUUGCCGCGCUCUUUCAUAUUCUUUUCAAAGCCGCCGCAUUUCUCUGCUUCAUCUUUGGCAACUUCUUGACCUCCAGCUAUGUCAUUUCAAGCGUAAUGACAAUCAUCUUCUGCGCGUCGGAUUUUUGGAUCACCAAAAACAUCACCGGCCGCCUACUCGUCGCGUUGCGUUGGUGGAAUGAGGUGCGGGAGGACGGAUCGACGCAUUGGGUGUUUGAAUCCGCCCCAAACGUGGCGGAGCGGGUGAAUUCGUACGAUAAUUGGUUUUUCUGGAUCACCCUUGUGGUGAACUCGGGGCUGUGGCUGGUGUUGUGUGUGCUGAAUUUGAUGUCGCUCUCCUCGCUCCCCGUGGCGUUGAUGGGGUUCGUGCUUUCCGGUGCGAACUUGCUGGGGUAUUUGAAAUGUCGUCGCGAUGCGAAGGGUCGGGUAACGGAUUUUAUUAUUUCCCAAGCCGUAGGCCGGUAG